CAUACCCAUGUACAGACUUUGUGCAAUACGUGGAACCAAACCACUAUAUAACCUAACGCAUUUAUAACGACAGCACACAAAUAUAACAGUCUGUGAGAUAAGCACACCAUAUAGAUAUUGUCAGGUAAAAGGGAUAAACUAUAAGCAGCACGUACAAUAUGGGUUUAUUAUUCGCAAAGCUUGCUGAUGUGAUGCAGAGUUUCUCCAGUGGAUCAACGACCCGGAUACUGAUGCUGGGACUGGAUGCGGCAGGUAAAACGACGGUCCUGUACAAGAUCAAACUGAACGAGAACGUCUCUACCAUUCCGACGAUCGGGUUUAACGUGGAGGAGGUGUCCCCUUGUAAGGGUGUGUCCUUUACCGUGUGGGAUGUCGGCGGCCAGGACAAGAUCCGACCACUCUGGAGACAUUACUUCCAAGACACUGAAGGUUUGGUUUACGUCGUAGACAGCAAUGACAGAGAGAGGAUCAGUGAGGCCCGAGAGGAACUUUUCGGGAUACUGGAAAAUGAUGAAAUGAGAGGUGUUCCGGUUGUUGUACUGGCAAACAAACAAGAUCUUCCACAUGCCAUGAACACAGCGGAGGUAGCAGACAGGAUGUGUCUAAUGAAACUAACCGGAAGGAAAUGGUUUGUUCAAGGAGCUUGCGCGAUGAAUGGAGAUGGAAUAUAUGAAGGCAUGAAAGAAAUGGCUCGACUUACAAAAGAAAACAAGAGGACCUACAGAUGAUAGUCUUCACUUCAAUUAAGAAACUGUUCGUUAUUACAUUUAAACCACAGACUGUGCUUGAUUCUAUCAAAUCCUGAUUUACAUGCAAGAAGUUCGAACAGAAGCUGUCCUAAUCUAUAUAUGGAAUCCAGGAGAAUAGUGAAUGGCGUGGAUGCGGAUGUUAACCUGUGUAUCGGAUAUCUAUGUGCAAUAUCAACAACUGCUAUCCCUUGUAAAUAUAUAAAUAUGUGUAAAUAGUUAAGUUAUGGCAAUCAAUGAAAUCUAAAGAUGUGUAGAUACCGUGAGAUGGACAAUAUUACUGCAGUUGUCGUACUGCAAAACAUGUAAUACAUUUGCUUUCUAUUUGAUAUAAAUGUGUCUUUUUU